AUGGAGACGAAUGAUAAAGAGAACUUCGACCUCAGUGCGAUGUCGGCUGAGACACAUGAAAUCGCUGAAUCAACGUCGAAGAUGAAGAAGCCCUAUUUAAUAUCUGACGAAGAUGUUCCAUAUGAAGAAGAUAUUCUGAAAAACCCAACAUCACUACGCAGUUGGCAGCGAUAUAUAGAUCACAAGAAAAAAAGUAAUGCGCCAUGGAGGCAAACUUGUCAAAUCUACGAGCGAGCCUUGAAAGUGUUUGAUCGCAGUUAUAAAUUAUGGUAUAACUACCUACGUUUUCGACAACGCGUCAUUGCUCACAAGGCACCAACGGACAUCUCUUGGUCUCAUUUAUGUGACGCUUACGAGCGUUGUCUUAUUCACAUGCACAAGAUGCCUCGAAUAUGGAUGGACUACUGCACAGUGAUGACUAAGAGGCGAGUGAUCACUGAUUGCCGUCGUGUUUUUGAUAGGUAUCUGAAGUUGAACCCUCGUGGCCGAGAGGACUUUGUCGAAUAUCUUAUAAAGAUCGAUCAGCUGGAUGAAGCAGCACGACAACUGGUGACUCUCGUAAACGAGGAUAUGCCAGUGUCAGACAAGGGAAAAACGGUCCACCAGCUAUGGGCGGAACUCUGCGAACUGAUUUCAAAAAAUCCAAAGAAGGUGCAUUCAUUGGAUGUGAACGUGAUUAUGAGACAGGGUAUUCAGAAGUACUCUGACCAGGUUGGCGUGCUUUGGUGCUCCUUUGCUGAAUACUACAUCAGAGCUGGACAGUUCGAAAGGGCGCGAGAUAUCUAUGAAGAAGCUAUGAUCUCUGUGAAGACUGUGCGCGACUUCACCCAAAUUUUCGACGCCUACGCUGCUUUUGAGGAGCGAAAUACCGCGGCAAGGAUGGACAACCUUGCUGAGCCGCCGAACGAAGAAGAUGAGCUAGAACUCGAGUGGCUUUUUGCGAGAUUUGAGCAUCUGAUGGCUCGUCGACCGCUGUUGCUAAACAGCGUAUUGCUCCGACAGAAUCCGCAUAAUGUUCACGAGUGGCUCAAUAGAGUUGCUUUAUAUGAAGGACAUCCCGAAAAGCAAAUCGAUACUUACUUGGAAGGCGUUCGUACAGUAAAGCCGAAGAUGCAAGUAGGAAAACUAUGUUCCCUGUGGAUUUCGUUUGCGAAAUUCUAUGAGAACGCUGAUCAGUUGGAUGAUCAAAUCGAUACUUACUUGGAAGGCGUUCGUACAGUAAAGCCGAAGAUGCAAGUAGGAAAACUAUGUUCCCUGUGGAUUUCGUUUGCGAAAUUCUAUGAGAACGCUGAUCAGUUGGAUGAUGCUCGGAGCAUUUUCGAAAAAGCGACGCAAAUUCCUUACGCGAAGGUGGAUGAGCUGGCCACAGUAUGGUGUGAGUAUGCCGAGUUGGAGUUGCGACACAAAUCAUCCGAUCGUGCUAUUACUGUUUUGCGGCGCGCUUGCGCUCCUCCACCACGCAAAACAAAUUACUUCGAUGAAACUGAGACCGUUCAAACCAGAGUUCAUAAAAGUCUCCGAGUAUGGUCAAUGUAUGCGGAUCUCGAGGAGAGCUUCGGAACGAUUGAUUCGUGCAGAGCUGUGUACGACCGUAUUCUUGAUCUUCGGAUAGCAACACCUCAAAUAGUCAUCAAUUAUGCGAUGUUUUUGGAAGAGCACGACUACUACGAGUAUGCCUUUAAGGUGUUCAAUAUUUAUAUCAAGAAAGCGCAAGAACUUUAUGGACUGCCUCACACGCGACCAAUCUACGAACAUGCCAUUAGCGUUCUUCCAGAAGAUUCCUCUAGGGAGUUAAGUUUGCGAUACGCGCAAAUGGAGCGAACACUUGGUGAGAUUGACCGUGCUCGUGCAAUAUUUGCGCAUGCUUCAGAGAUAUGUGAUCCGAAGAUCCAUGGCCAAUUCUGGGAUACAUGGAUGGACUUCGAGGUGAAACACGGUAAUGAGGACACACUCCGUGAAAUGCUGAGAAUCAAACGAUCAGUACAGCAGACGUAUAACACGAGCGUGAAGCAUAUGUCGGCGCAAAUGAUUGCAGCUGGUGCCGCGAAGUCUGCGGAAGAGAUCAAAUCAACGAAUGCGAUGCAGCUGCUGGAUAAGCAGUCGGAUAAGCCGUCUGGUAACAUCACCUUCGUUCGAGGUGCAAGCAAAACCACCCAAAUGGAUACUACGGAAAAUCCUGAUGAGAUCAAUAUUGAUGACGACGAUGAGGAUGAUGACAUUGCUCCCAUUGAAACACAUACGGUACCAGCUGCUGUGUUUGGUGACUUGAAGCGGCCAGAUCAAGAAGAAACGUGA